AGUUGCUUCCACACAAAAUGAGCAACACACCCAUCCAGGACCCAGCUGCCCAGGGACUGUCCUCUGGCAGUGGGCAGACAUUGACCUCCCGACACUUACAGCCCAUCCCUGAUCCCUCAGCUUCUAAACGGGUAUGUUUCUACAAAAGCGGUGACAAUAAAUUCAGUGGGCAUCGCAUGGUCAUCAAUGGCCGCACCUUCAAGACUUUUGAUGCUCUACUGGAUGCUUUGUCCAAGAAAGUGCCUCUGCCAUUUGGAGUGAGGACCAUCACCACACCUCGGGGCACCCACCUUGUUAAGGGUCUAGAUGACUUACACGAUGGUGGAUCUUAUGUGUGUUCUGAUCAGAAACGUGUGAAGCCGUUAAACCUGGAUGAAGUGAACCGACGGCAGGUACCGUGGAAUACUACAAGACCUCUCAGCACAGGGCGACGCAGGCGUCAAGGACUCCAGUCUGGUCAGUUUGGCAGGAAGAAUGAAGUUGCCAACAGGCCAGCAAAGGUCAUCGAGAGGGUGGCAGUAAGGACACCAAAGAGACUUGUGGUCAUCAAGAACAGGGAUCCCACUGUUAAACGUACAAUUGUGUUGCAGAAAAGAACAGCACCAACAUUUGAUGCUUUGCUGGAUUACCUUUCUCAGAUCCUGCAGUUCCCAGUGCUGAAACUCUACUCUACAGAUGGCAGAAGAGUUGAUGGCCUUGCUGCACUUAUCUUGUGUGCUGGAGUUGUUGUGGCAGCAGGCAACGAGCCAUUCAGAUUAGGAAACUACAGUUUUCACAGAACGGGUCAGAUGACACAAGCCAUGUACAUGGAAAAUGUGGAGCCAUCUAUGUUGCAGCCCAGAGCCCAGAACAGUAAAUCUUUCUCAAGUGGAAAAGGCUCAAGAAACUUUUCUGUAUCGUCAGAACGUUAUAUUGUCAACCAGAUAAACAAGUCUCGAAAUGGAAGCAUGAACAACCACCUGCAUCACAACAAUAGAUCAUUUGAAACAGAAGUCAACCAGCAUCACACAUCCAUGGAAACAUGUGGAACUGGGAUGGUUGAUAAUGAGGAUCAUACUUGUAUCAUACCUCAGGAUGAUGACAUUGAAAAGUCCUUCCGUGUGAAUCAAGAUGGCAGCAUGACUGUAGAAAUGAAAGUGCGUCUGACCAUUAAAGAAGAGGAGAUGCUCCACUGGACUACCACACUCAGCCGUUCAAGCCUUAGUAAGAGGCCAGCUUGUGCCUCGAUUUCUGAGUCGGGCAACAGCUCACCUGACUCAAACAACGCCUUUGCCAAAGACUCCUCUAGUGUCAGCGAGGAUGAAACUAAAGAGGAAAACCAUCCCACUGGUGCUAGAAAGGGCGUCGGCUUUAACAACGAGCAAGUAUAUGGGGGCUACACUUCAACAGCUUUGGGAAAAGCAAAAACAAGUUUCAAACGUACUCCCACACCAGGUCCUAGACAUAUUAAGAAGAGGGCAUCUGUUGAGAGUGUGAAAAUGGUGACAGAGUCCGGAGUUCAAGAGAGCACCCUGGGACAUUAUUCCUACAUGGAGAGGACGGCCGAUGGUGAGACAACUGAGGAAUACUGCAUUGUCAGACACACCAGCAGCAGCAACCGGCCAAUCCCAAAGCCUCGGAAAACGGCAUCUGCAGGAGCAAGCAACAAAGGUUCCAACUCCUCCAUUAAAUCAUCAGGGGUAGCUGAGGUCCUUCAGAUACAGAACAAUGGGAUGGAGAUUACAGAAACUGUGAUGCAUAUCUGUGAGAGUCAAGGCUGCUAUGACAACUAUUUAGCAAAUGAAGAAUAUAGUGCAGACAGCGUACUUUUGCAUGGUUCCACUCCAGCGGCAGAUAGCAAACCGUCCACUGUGUCUGGGCCACAUUCAUCCAGCAAUGAUAUAGAUUUUAGCUGGCAGCCACCCACUGCUGACUCACAACAAAGACAGAAAGAGGAGAUACUAUCGUUGUCAUCAGAGCCAAUAUCUACAACAACAAACAAUCUGUCUUCAGUGACUGAGAAAGAUACAGCAACAAACUCCAAAACUGAGGAGACAGUAAAAAAGGUCAAUACUCCACAAAGUGAGAAGAAUAAAAAGGCAAUUAGACCUGCUAGGAAUCACAAGAGUUCAACUUCAACAAGCAGCUCAGAUAAAAAGCUAAAAGAUAGCUUAAUAAACCCCUCAAAGAAAAGCAAACAUUCAUCUACUGACAAGCUCAGUAGCAAUGCUAGUGUGGGAAAAAAGAGUUUUAGUUCAUCAGAAAGUGCUAAAAGUGGUCAAAAAAGUAAAGGAGCAGAAAAGAAAUCAGAAAUGUCUCAGUCUAAGAAAUUAACUAAAGAUGAAAAGAGACCCAGGACGGAUUCAGCCCUAUUAGUUAGCGCUGAAAAUAUGAAAAGGACCCAAUCUAAGAGGCAAAGCCUGAAUAAUUUGGCUGCUAAGGACAAUGGCCAUAAUGUAAAUACUUCAACUGGAAGGCCUCAAAUGAAAAAGAAAAUGUCAGACAUUUUACAACCAAAUAAAUCACUUCUGCCAGGCAAAAGGACAGUGAGCAAACCUAAAUCCAUGACUGAACAGAGAAUAUCAUCACCUAAAAAAUCUUUAGAGUUGAGUGAGAGUAUUUCAAUGCCUUCCCUGAACCCUACACCAUCUGAAAUCCACCAAUAUGUUGAGAACUGGUUGGAGAAAGUCAGCCAAGACCAGGUGCCAUACGCAGAGGCCAUCCCAGAUGAAUCAGGACCUCCAUCAAAGGUUGUGUUUCAGAUAGGUGGUGAUUCAGAAUCAGAUGAAAAGAAUGAAUAUCAGACUAAUUUAGAUGAAUGCUGCUCACUGUAUGGUGAUGCUGUCAAGAAAUCUGCUUCUUGUCUGUCAGUUCCUCUUUACCAUGAAGGGCCAGAAACAUCUUUGCUGUACAAUGAUCAGAAAACAAGAGGGUUAUGUGUUUCAAUGCCAAGUGUCAGAGUGGAUCCUGCGCACUGUGAGAACAAACUGAGGGCACAUAAAUCUGCAGAGGCCAUUGGUCCAAGUAACAGUGAAUCAACUCCAUCCAUGUCCAAUAUGUUAAGCCCCAAAGCAAAGAUAAAACCUGUCCUGCGUCAACUCUGUUCAUCUAUUCAGUGCAUCAGACGGGCAUCUGACACCAACAUAACAUCCAAUCUCGAGAAGUCCAACAGCGUUCCUGAUUUCUCAACACAAGUAGCUUCAGUGUUCGGCUCAUCAUGCAAAGCAUUUCUGUCAUUCUUGUCUGUGAUGACUCUGAGAGACAGCCUAACAAGUUCUGCACUGGGUGAUGGUUACCAAUCAAGAAGCACCUCCGAGGCCAUGCUAAUGAUGGAAUCCUUGCAGAAAAUUUCUACCAUUGAGGAUGAAGAAGAGCAGAGGGCAAGUCUGACAGAUCUGCAAAGCAGAGCAUCCUCUCAGUUUAGAGAACGUUGGAAGGAUUUCCAGCUUUUGAGGGAAAGGCUUGAAAGUGAACCACUUUCUCCCAAAGUUUCAGAAACUGAAUUUGCCCUGGAUGUUGUUUCUGAAGGAGGUGACGUAUUUGAAGACCAGCAGCUGGGUAUUGACGAACUGAUGGAGGAACUGAAUAUGCCACAAGACCUCAGAGCGGAGAUUUCUUCAACAAUCCAACAAUCUAAAAGUUUUUAUCCUGUGGAGGAGAGCACUUUUGUAGAAACUGAAAGAAACCAGUCAGACUCAGAGGACGAUGUGGAGAAAUUUGUUGACGAAUGUGAUGAUGACACAAAACAAUCAAUGGAUCCUAAUACUACCUGCAUAGUUGAGGACAUCACUGAGCAACCCAUGUAUUCUGAACAGGCAAAGGUUAGGGAGUUAGAGCAAGAACCAGAUGAAGUUCAGGAAACAGGCCUUGAUGUGAAAGAUUCAGAAGUAUCACAGACAGAAAGAGAUGAGGCCCUGAAUUUCUCAAUGAAAGAAAAUGAGACAGAAGAAAAGGAAGACGAGGACCAGGUAGAGGAGGUGGAGGAGGAUAGGGAGGGGGAGAAAGAGGCAUCAGUGAAAGAGGAUGAGGGGCAAGAUGACUGGGAAGCAGAGAAAAGAAGCAGAGAGGAAUCUGUUGAGAAAGUAGAGGAAGGGACAGAAGGAGAGAUGACAGAUUAUGAGGAGGAGGGGGAGGAAUUAGAAAGAGGAGAGAAAGAAGUGGUUGAGGAGACAGAGGGAAUAAUGGAUGGUCAAGGUCAAGAAGCAAGAGAGGAUGACAGUGUUGAAGAGACAGAUGAGAGGGAGGGUGUUGAAGAGACAGAGGAGGAAGAGAGGGGGGAAAAUGAGGUUGAAGAAGAAGGAGAUAAGGAAGAAAAGGGGGAGGAAGAUAGCAGGGAGGAAAAUCAAGUGGAGGAGAGUGAAGUAGAAGCAGAUGAGGUUGCUGUGGAGUCAGAUGAAAAUAUUAGUGAGGAGCAGGAGGAAGAGGAGAAGGCAGAAGUGGUUACUGAGAAAAAUGUAGAGGAGAAAGUGGAGGUUAUUGAGGAGACAGAGGAGGAAGAGGAGGCCACAAACAACACUGACGAGGUUGAGGAGAGAGAAGAAGAAAAAAUGGGUGUGGUAACUAAGAGGGAUGUAGAAGAAGAAGCAGAGGAAGGUAAUGAGGGGACAGAUGAGGAAGAGGGGGCAGACAGUGUAAAUGAAGAGGUAGACGAGGAAGAGGAGGAAGAAGAAAUGGACGUCGUUAUUGAGGAAAGGGAUGAGGAAGAAGACAAAAUGGUGGUGGUUAAUGAGGAGGAAGAGGAUGAUGAUGAUGAUGCUAAGGUCGAAAAUACGGAGGAAAGGAGAGCUAGGGUGAUGACAGAUGAGGAGGAGGAGGAAGAAGAAACUGACAAGGAUACAGACGAGGGGGAAAAGUGUGAUGAAGGGAAUAGAAAAGAGCUUGAGGAAACAGAAGAUAGUCUUAAAGAAGAAUUAGUUGAAGCUAAGGAAGUUGUAGAGGAGUUUGAGAGUGAAGAAAAUAUGGAAGCAGGGCAGACAUUAGCUGGAGAGGAGAGGGAAGAAGAUGAAGAAAAUGAGCUGAACGAGGCUUUACACCAGGUUGAAAAACAAGAAUCAAAAGAUCAGGAAGGAAAAGAUAGUGAAGAUGUAGUCAGUUUUCCUGAUGAUGAUUGUAAAAACCUGCUAGAAGAGGCCUCCUAUUUGCAGCAGCACAGUAGUAGCUGUGAAGAAGCAAAUGCAGAACAAAACACUGAAUCACCAACCAAAUAUUCCUCUGAGGGUCAAUGUGAGGAUGAGAAAUGUAACGGAACAGACAUCGUCAAUGAACUUGAAACAGAUGCGAGAGGGGAGCAUAAUGAGGAGAGACACAUCAGCCUACCACAUCCAGUGGAAAUAUCACAGGAUUUACUCGACUUUGUUAACUCUGCCCUGCAGUCCUCUUCACUUAUAUUCACAUAUGAUGCUCAGGGGAAUGUUAGGAUAGAGCCAGACAAUGCUCGAGUUGUACAAACUACACAAACAGUUAUUCCAAAAAGUAGAAAGGAUAGUUCAUAUGGCUUAAAAUGUCUCCCGAGCCCGAGCACCUCUGAUUUAUCUGAUUACAGACCAGAAACUUCAGAGAGUGGUGGAUAUAAAACUCAAGACUCUGUAGAUAUUGUCUCUGAGAGUGGAGAAGAAGCUUCAGAGAGACCUUUUCCUGUCUGCAGACAUAAGACUAAUAGCCCUAAUGAGAGAGCAAUUGUGGAGCGAGCUAAUUCCAACCUGUCUGUUGCAAGUAAAUCAGAAGUCUUGCAGAGUUCCAGAUUUAAAAGCGUAGAGAGUUUCUCUUCCAGUGAUUCAGGCACUAAAGCCUCAAGGGAAGAUCUGUCUUAUUUCAGUGCUGCAAGUUCAUUAAAGGCAGACGCUAAAGGUGCGCCAGAGAUCGAGCAGUGCAUUUCUCUCACCUCAGAAAAAGACACGACUGAUGGGGUUUUGAUUGAUCAAGGAAGGUGGCUGCUUAAGGAGAACCACCUCAUAAGAAAAUCUCCUCCAGUCUCCCUGGGAAUGUAUGGUAACAUCGAUAGCACCUCCACUGAUACGGCUCAGGAGAACACUAGCGAGGGUUCACCACCUCAUUAUAAAACCCAGCACAGCCCUCUUGCAGCCAUAUCCUCAUCAGAGCUCGAGGAGAUGGCAAGGCCUCAAACUCCGAAGUGCACCUAUUUCAACAUGCCACACGGAAGUGAUUCAGACCCCUUUUUGGAUGAUUCCAGUGUCCAUAGUGGGCAAAAGGAUACAAGCAGUGUCAAAGGGAGAGGCAUCAGGGUUUCACCUACCAUUGAUACAACUAAAACUUGGUCAAAUAAAAAUGGUAGUCUGUCUUCAUUUGCAUCAGUUGAGUUUAAAAUGCCAGACAGGAAAGUACAUCCUGAGGGGGAGUCCUCAGCUGUGACACAUGCAAGAAGGACAUCUAGUGGUGGAGGUGGUGUACUGCGAGCUCAAGACUCCAUGGAAGCACUGCAUGUGAGAUGUGGACAAUAUUGUCCCAUACUAUGA